UCCUCUCAUUGGGCGAACAGGCUGUCAAUGAAACGUAAGAAAGGUUAUGUCAGCCGUCGUCGCGUUGAUCCAGGAGUGACUGUCAACACACAAACAUGGCUGCCUCUUCGGCUGAAGACAAUGCGAGAACCAGAGAUAACGCACCUAAAUACAGCCCGUGGGGUUACCAGGAGUCUGUGUCGCAGUCUCGUGAAAUCAUUAAACCGUCCAUACUGGAGCUAACCAAAGAAGUGAGGACGAACAUCCUCUGCACGGUUGAAGGAUGUGGCAAGAUCCUCCCCAACACACCUGCAUUGAACAUGCAUCUUGUGAAGUCGCACAGAGUGAAGGAUGGUAUUGUCAACCCCACAGUCAGAAAGGACAUGAAGACCUCCAAAAAGCUUUAUUGCUGCCCCAUUAAAGGCUGUCCCAGAGGGCCUGGAAGGCCCUUCUCCCAAUUCUCCCUGGUGAAACAACAUUUUAUGAAGAUGCAUGCAGAGAAGAAACACAAAUGCCCGAAGUGCAGCAAUGGCUACAGCACUGAGUGUGACCUCAAGAGGCAUAUUGAAGACUGUGGGAAGACUUACCAGUGUACGUGUGGCUGUCCCUAUGCCAGCCGUGCUGCACUACUAUCACACAUCUUUCGGACAGGACAUGAGAUUCCAACUGAGCACAGAAUUCCACCAGUAAAAAAGCGUAAGAUGGAGAAGCUCUCAAGUUCUGAAAAAGUGAAGACUAGUGACUCUGUGAUUAUGCCUUCUUCUCAUGCACGAUCAGAGGAUACAUCACCAUCUGACAUCAUUAUUCAAAGUCCAGACUUGGCCUGCCAGAUGUCUAAUGGCAACACAAUCCUCCAGAAACCACUUUUGCCCAAACCCAACAUGGCUUUAGUCAGUGUUCCUGUGAUGCAGCUGGCCCACUUGCCUGUCCUUCUCCCGUCUACAGAGAGCGGCGCGCUAAGGUCUGUAGUGCUGGCAGUCAACAACCAAGGUUCUGUUAGUACUCUUCACCUCCUGCCACAGGCCUUGGGUGCUGUAGUACCCCAGCUGGAUGCUAAGAGUUUUUGUUUUCAGGACAGCAUGCCUACUUCUCGCUCUGGCCUGGGGCCCAUCAGCACAGGGGUGCAGGUCAGGCUUGACAGUCCAGUCACACAGGACUCAGGAAGAGGAAGCAGCACAUCUACAAACAUUCAAACAGACAAGUCGUGCCUGGCAAAGAUGCCCACAGGGGUCACAGAGGGAAUUGGCUUGUGUUCUGUGGGUGAGCCCGCGGUAUCCUCUUGUUCCCAGACAGACAUUAGCGUUAGUGCCCAAAUCCUUCUGCCAGUUAGUGUUCAAACCCAGACAUUCUACACCCGGGGAAAAGCCACCUCAACUAUUGGGGCUCAGACAGAGAGUCAAUUGUUAAACCAAACUACUUGCUCCUCUUCAACUGUGCCACCAUGUAGAACCAGGCAGACCCAGACCCACUUCACCCUGCCGCAAUCUGAGGAGAAAGUUCAGGAUCAGGCCGUCAUGUGCUCUGACCUUUUCAGCGGAGACUCACUCAGUGUCUCCACCCAGACCACACUGCACGCACAUGACCCUCUGACGGCCACAGGAGGCAGUUUAUACGAGGACACAAAGGCAACAGGAGGCAUGUGUUUCGGUGUGCAGACAGACAUGCUGAACCCAAAUAAUGUUGCAGACAACCAAACCCAAACCAUGAUCUUGUUAAAUGACCUGGAAAACAUUCUCUCUGGCCACCAAGUGCUGACCGACGCCACCGCAGGUUGCGGGUCAAGUUUGGCCUCUGUUCAGGAGCAGCACAGCACCAUGGACUUUGACUUUGAAGAGUUUCUCAGUUCCGUGCACAUUCAGACACAGACAGAGGAGAGCCACCUUGGAGGGCUGAACGACGACACGCCACUUGAGUCUUUGGACAUCCAGACCCAGACAGAUUUCUUCCUGAUGGAUGAUAUGGACCAAAGUGAGGCAUCAAAUCGAACCCAAACCAGUGACUUGGAGCUGUUCGACACUCAAACUCAGACGGACCUCAACUUCCUUCUGAGCACUGGAAGUCAUCUUCCCCUGAGCAGCAUCCUCCGCCAUUCAAGCUUUUCUAUGAGCACAGAGUCUUCUGACACCGAAACACAGACAGAUUUGCCUUCGUUUGUUCCUUGCCUACCUGCUCAUUCCCCCGUCACUCACGGGGAACAGGUGAGGCUUUUAAACAGCACAGAGACACAGACCAGCCAGGUGGAGGGCCUCGGACACCUCUUCCUGACAAGCAACGAAACACAAACGGUCAUGGAUGACUUUUUGUCUGCUGACUUGGCGUGGAACAUGGAUUCCCAUUUCAGCUCAGUAGAAACGCAAACAUGUGAGGAGCUUUUUGCUCUCUUUCAGCACCCUGACAAGCCCAACAGCUGAGGUUAUUUUAACAAAGCUACCUGAUGUCCAUGGCCACCUGUGUUUGCCUCUUUCUAUUGUUGGAAUGAGUAAAGGCUGUGCUCCAGCGGAGAAGCCAUGAAGUUAAAAGAAGUCGGUGAAUAUGUCUUUCAACCAUUCCACUUGGGACACCUUGUCCAGAGCAUUUCCAGGUUUGUUUCCUGAAGGCUUAGCGCACUUUAUUAGCUCGAUGUGAGGGAGGUUUCAGCUCAGACAGUUUACAUAUUUAUUUGCACAUAUAUGUAAGGUAAUGUGUCUUGUCUGAAAUGCUACUUUGUUUGUCCUGCGUGUCUUCUUUUUUGGUCUUUGCUAGUACUGUGUACUGAAAUAUGUUACAUUUGCAGUUAAUACUAAUGCAUAUACACAUAUACUGCAUGAAAAUAGCUCUCAACCUUAUUGUUACCACUCGUGCAGUUGCUUUACGUGUGUUUUUAAAAUGUGCAUGAAGCCUUCAAUUUGUCCGCUAAGCAUCUUAAUGGCUGCUUUGAAUUUAAAGGCAAGCACAGAAGUUGCCAGCACAGAGCUGCACUAGUGAGACUUUCUGGAUGAAGCCUGAACAAGGAGGUUGCUGUAAAAAAAAAAACUGUUACACGAAAACAGUAAAUGUUUGUUGUCUUUGGUUGUAGCACACCUUUUGACUGAUUUUUGAUUGAAAGGGAGAUGGGGAUUCUGAAGGCUGUGCUGUUCUUGUGGCUGAUUUAUUCAUUAGCUUGGUGUAAGUGUAUAUGCUGGCAAUGAGCCUGAGUCAUGUUACCACACAGAAUUGCAGCUGAUUAGCAUUUACCUGCCAUUUUGACAAACGUUAGUGCAUGUCAUUUUUUGACUAAAGCUAAUGAAUGAAUCAUUUAACUCUG